UAAAAUAUGAGUAGCUUACACAUGAAUGGGUUCAUCCAAGACAAGAUUACCUCAGAUAGACAAGGUCCCCCGGCUCAUCCUCAAGCAGAUGCCGGAAUGGAUGAAGAGAGCAAAGAUCCUUUGGUAGCUUUCAGUGAACUCAAGUACAGCACCACUGCUUCCAUUGUUUUCUCUGAUCUUUGUGAAAGACAUGGAGAGAGAUUAAUAGCCUAUGAUGUCUAUUCUGGAAACUUGAUUUGCAACAGAUGCAUUUACCAGAUAGACAAUCCCAAGUAUGAGUUUACUUCAACAGUCGCUAGAAACAUAGCAUCAAAAGUCUUUGAAGGAAGUACUAAAGUGACUGCUGCUCUUCAGAAACUGCAAGAAAUAGAAUCUACAAAGGUCAUUAAGAGGCUCCAGAAAGCAGUUCAAGAUUUUCUAGAAGAGAUACUUCAGGAGCUCUACCAGUUUAUGCUGAAGUGCAAACUAUUUAUGACUGAUGCUGAAUCAGAAGAUAAGCUUUACCUAGAUAGCAUCGAGUCAGAUAUGGAGAGAAGCCAGAAAAUCAGAGACCAUAUCUUCGAGCAAGUCAAGAGAGCUCACUUUGCAGGCAUAGUCAAGAAAUCAGAUGUACUAGAUAAAGAAAUAGAAAAGAUGAUGCAAAUCUCAGUCAGACUUGACGAUACUCUGAAGUUUGGAGAGCAGUCUAAGAAAUACAUUGAAGACAAGUUUGACAAAGACUAUGAAGCAAUUGACAUGGCUGUAGGUCAGAUCAACAGUCUUGAAAUCAUGGAAGCCUUGAAGGUUUACUUCCAGCCGGAGCCCCAAGCCCAAGAGCAACAGAAAGAACUCCUUCACGAAAAGAAGUCUGGAGCUGAGGAAGUCAAAGUGAAUACUAUCGAGGCAGCAGAAAACACUUGUGAAUAUAUGCCAGAAUCCAAAGAAAGUGAUAUCCAGAUGUCUAACUAAAAAGUUCCUG